GUAUUGCGCUAAUUUUUUUUCGUCUGAUUUGUUUGUUUAUUUUUUCAACAUUUAAUAUUCGGAACACAUAAAAUUUUGCAAAAAUGCGUUUCGUUCAUAUUCUAUUCAUGGCUAUAAUAAUAGUCACAGUAAUAUUAUUACAAGAAAUUGAAGCUGGUAAACAAAAGAAACGUAUGCUUUUAUUAUUCUUAUUAUCAUUAUUGAAUCGAAAAAGAUUGGUUAUACCCCUCCCAUUACCCCUUCCACUCCCAAUUCCGAUUACUAUAAAAAAGGAACAUUCAGUACAUAAAGAACCAUUACCAUUGACUGUGGUCAAGGAAGAAUCGUAUGAUGAUCAUGAUAAAGAAAAAAGCUAUACACAUGAUGUCUAUUAGUUUAUAAUUUUAUUGAUUUUUUUUAUUUUAAACAUGUUUGUUUAUUUG